CGGCUGCUGUGGAGAAGAAAGGAGGGUGGCGAUAAACCCUAAAUAUCGUCGCCCGCCUCAGCCGUUGGAGAAGCGAAAGAACGGAAGGGGGAGAGAACCCUCCCCUAGUGUUGUCUUACUUGUUAUCUUUCAGUAGAACAGAUAAGAGCGUCAAAGAUUUUUUAAUUGGUAACCUACAGGAUUGAGUGUCCUCCUACUGGUUACGAAAAACAGCUAAAUAUCACAGGUGUGUUUUGUUACAGCUCAGCAUGGCUGUGGUCAUACGCUUGCAAGGUUUGCCCAUUGUGGCGGGGACCAUGGACAUUCGCCAUUUCUUCUCUGGAUUAACCAUUCCCGAUGGUGGUGUGCAUAUUGUAGGGGGUGAACUGGGUGAGGCUUUCAUCGUUUUUGCCACUGAUGAAGAUGCACGGCUUGGUAUGAUGCGUACAGGUGGUACAAUCAAAGGGUCAAAAGUGUCCUUAUUGCUGAGCAGCAAAACCGAGAUGCAGAACAUGAUUGAGCUUAGCCGUAGGCGGUUUGAAACUGCCAAUGUAGAUCUGCCGCCUGCAAACGCUGGCAGAACUGUGCUGACGCCUGCCGCUGGAAUGGGCGCUACCACUGUGCUAAGCAGGGUAAAUUUGCCAACAACAGUACCCAGUUUUAGCGGCCCUUCAACUAGUGCUGUUGCCACAGUCACUUCGACAAUUGAAAGCAGUAAAAACAUAACUACUUUCUCAACAUCCGGCGUUGGUACCAAUCCACCAACCCUUAGUGCUCCAUAUGGUAACCAAACAUACUCCUCUACAGUGCCUAGUGCACCAGCCCCUUUGACUGCAGUACCACCACCACCAAUGCCUCCAAUGCCAACAAUUCAAACUUUACCACCCUUGCCUGCUAUCCCCACCAUUCCCCCUAUGCCAGUUCCCCCACCAGUACCCACACUACCUCCAGUCCCCCCUGUUCCCCCAAUACCCCCUGUUCCCCCAGUGCCAUCUAUGGCUCCUCUUCCACCAAUGUCUGGCAUACCACCCAUGAACCCCCCUCCCGUGGGGCCAAUCCCUGCUGGUAUGAAUGGCUCUGGAUCCUCAAUGAGCAAUAAUAUGAACCCACUGUUUCUUGGUCCUGUAAAUACAAUUCCAUUAAGUUCUCCAAAUGCUUUAAAGCCACCUCCUUUAAACCACGAUGACCCAUAUGUUUGUCUUCAUGGUUUGCCCGUUCCUGUAUCAGAAGCUGAUAUUAAGGAUUUUUUCCACGGGCUGCGAAUAGACGGAAUUGUGGUUCUAAAAGAUCCUAUGGGCCGCCAUAAUGGUAGUGCAUUGGUGAAACUAAUUACCCCUCAUGACACUUUUGAAGCUCUGAAGCGUAACCGAAUGCUAUUGGGCCAGCGGUUCAUAGAAGUAAGCCCUGCAACAGAGAGACAGUGGAUGGUUUCUGCUGGUCACAUAUUAAAACCACAAAAUGUUGGUCAUCACGGGCCACCUCCUUUGAUGCAGCAACUAAUAACCAGAUCUAAAUCGCCUAGUACACAGUCCCGUCCCAGGUCCAGAUCCCCACAUGAACAUGGCUUCUGUGUUUAUCUGAAAGGUUUGCCUUAUGAGGCUGAAAAUAAGCACGUCAUAGAUUUCUUUAAAAAGUUAGACAUUGUUGAAGACAGUAUAUACAUAGCCUAUGGUUCCAAUGGCAAAGCAACGGGGGAAGGUUUUCUUGAGUUUAGAAAUGAAGAGGACUAUAAGUCGGCCUUAUGCCGCCACAAGCAAUACAUGGGAAAUCGCUUUGUGCAAGUUCAUCCCAUAACAAAAAAGGCAAUGCUAGAAAAGAUAGACAUGAUACGUAAGAAAAUGCAAAGUUACAAUUACAGUGAGCAUAAAGAUGCACCCUUGGAUGCAGAAUUUGAGAAACAUGGCCCACGGCUGUGGGGUCAUCUGUCCAAUUUGCCAUAUAGUAUCAUGAGAAAGGAUAUCUCUCACUUCUUCAUCUCCGAAGGGUUUGCAAUUGAUGAGAACUUUGUGCAGCUCCUUGUAGAUAACAACGGGCAGUGCAUAGGCCAGGCCCUGGUUCAGUUUAGGAGCGAAGAUGAUGCUCGGAAAUCGGAGCGUCUGCACCGCAAAAAAUUGAACGGGAGGGAUGUUUUCUUGCAUAUAGUUAAUUCAGAGGAGAGGAAGGACAUUGAGCUCAACCCACCUUUACAUGGUAGGAGAGGCUCCAAAAUGCCUGUAUAUGUUAAUCCCCCAUCCAUAGAGACCAUUAGUGAUGAGUUUUCCUUCCCUGGUAGUGGCAUAAAGGAUGUUAACGGUCCAAAUUUUAACUUUCCUGUUAACUUCCCCGGGCCGAAUAAUUUUGGACUCCCUGUCCCACCUCCUGUUAUAGGAAGCACCUUUGUAGAGCCAAGACCACCUCCUCCAAUGCCAGCAAAUGUAUCAAGUGCUCCAGUCGAUCCUCAGAGCUUUGGGAGCAGCCCGAAUAGUUUCAGUGGGCCCCCUUCUCCAUUUGUCAGUGGCGGUCCUCCUCCAUUUGGCAGUGGACCUCCAAAUGCAAAUAUACCACCUAACUUUAACACAGCCCCUCCUAAUAUAGGAAGUGGGCCAGCGAUAUUGAAUGCUCCUCCAGGAUUCGGUCCAGGAAACCUAUCCGUUAGUGGGCCACCGGGCUUUGGAGCUGGGGCGGCAAAAUCAGGGCCCACAGUAAUCAGAGUGCAGAAUAUGCCCUUUACUGUUACUGUAGAUGAAAUACUAGACUUCUUUUAUGGCUACCAAUUAAUCCCUGGAUCUGUAUGCUUGAAGUUCAGCGAUAAGGGGAUGCCCACAGGGGAAGCCAUGGUUGCCUUCGAGUCCCGGGAUGAGGCUAUGGCUGCUGUAGUUGAUCUAAAUGACAGACCCAUUGGCUCAAGAAAAGUGAAACUCACUUUGGGAUAACUUUUUUUUUUUUUUUUUUUCAUUAUGUCCAUCCUGCUUUAUGUUGACUAAUAAGCAGAACACUUAGUUUACAUGAGUAGGCUGCUUAACUUAAUAAGUGUAAAUAGCAUUGUUAAAGAUGCUGGGGCAGAGUUUGACCGCUUACAGAAUAAAUCUCUGCAGUAAAUAUUAGCAGUCGGUCUCAUUAUAUGAUGAUAUAGUUUAGAACUGCUUUGGAUACGUUUGUAUAUUCCUAUUAAAGCAUAUCUGUUGUCUUUCACUUUUGAAUUAUUUGAUUUAUAACUGUUGCACAACAAUAUGACACUUCUGUUGUUCCUUACUUUGCCGAACAAUUGUGGGUACAUGUUGGUAGCGGCGCGUUUGAUGCCAAAGCUUUGUAUGGCUAACCCUAUGUUUUACAUCUUCAACCUUGCUGUUUGCUGAUCUGCUCUCAAUCUGUUUUACUUGUGAACUCUUUAAGUGCAGCUGAUCAAAAGAAAAUGUAUAACAGUCAUUUGUUGCCGUUUGGACUGUUUUGUAUACUGACAAAAACUUCACUUUUUGAUUUAUUUAUAUUGUCAAAUAUGUAUGUGGAAUAAGAUUUUUGCCGCUGCUUUACAAUAGAGAAGUUACUUUCUUUAUCAAACAUCUUUCUUUUAUCACUUAACAGAACAAAUAUUAAACAUUAUCCCUAAGAA